AUGCAGAAUCAGAUUGCAGAUGCUUUAGCAACAAUGGCAUCCAUGAUGGAUGGGCCUAAGAAGGAUGAAGCUCAGCCAAUAGUGGUGGGACAAAAAGAAGAGCUAGCUUCUUGCAUGUCAAUAGAAGAAAAUGAGGGAAUGGAUAGGGAAGGUGAAUGGUAUUCUAACAUAUUGCAAUAUCUUAAGGAUAAGACAUACCCAAAGUCUACAAAUAAGAAUGACCAAUUGACCAUUAGAAGGUUGUCCAAUAAUCAUAUUAUUUGUGGUGAGAGGCUUUACAUAAGAUCAUUUAACAGAAUUCAUCUCCUUUGCGUGACUGCCAAGGAAGCAUAG